AUGUCGAGCCUCAGUCCCUUACAGAUUAUCUUGAAAGAAAACCAAUUAACCGUCCCAACUAUGUUGAUUGGAAAAGAAACUUGGAUAUUACUCACUGUACAAGAUUACAAGUUUGUUCUUAGUGAGCCAGAACCUAUACUCCCUGAACCUGAAGCCACAGUAGGUGAGCAUGCAAGGUGGAAAAAGGCUAAUGAUAUGGCCAAUCCCGCCAAAGCGGAAGCUACUAAAAAUCUAAUGAACACUAAGAUGCAAGAAGGAACUCCAGUUCGUGAGCACGUCAUUCUCAUGAUAUCUCUGUUUAACGAAUUGGAUACCCUUGGGUCAACUAUCGAUGCUAAUAUGAAAGUUGACAUUGUUCUUAAUUCCCUUCCCAGUUCGUUUGCACAUUUCAAGUUGAAUGUCAAAUGA